AUGAGCAAAAAAGUCAACUUAGAAUCCGAUGCGAAGUAUCGAUCGUAUUCUGUUGCACUUGAUAAGUGCUUGAAGUCGUUUGAAUAUUCCAAUGAGUGGGCUGACCUUAUAACGUCUCUCGGUCGUUUAAUGAAGUUAAUCCAACAAAACAGUCGGUACAAAAUAAUUCCAAAAAAGCGUUUAUUGGGUAAGCGCUUGGCCCAAUGCCUUCACCCAGCUCUACCUUCUGGAGUGCACUGCAAAACCCUCGAGUGCUUUGACCUCAUCCUGCCCAUCAUGGGACCUGAAAACCUCGCCACGGACAUCGCAAUUUACGGUCCCUGCCUAUUUAGCCUUCUGGGUCCUUCCGCAAUGAGCGUGAAGCCACCACUUUUCGAUCUCUUCGAAAACUACUUCCUUCCGCUCGGAGAGAAAUUAAGACCGGCAUUCCUUGGACUUCUACAAGGCCUUCUGCCGGGUCUUGAGGAGGGCUCGGAGUUCUUCGAGCGUGGCAACAACAUCAUCGAGCGCUUUUGUCGGGCAGUGGAGCCUGAGUUCUUCUACACGUGUCUUUGGCAGGUCCUCAUUCAAGCUCCGUCCGUCCGACAUUUUGGCACCGCUUUCAUCCUCAACCACUUCAACAAGCGGCGACACAUUUCCACUCAGGCCUUCUUCUUCGGGACCUCGACCACGGUGAUGAUGGAGAGCCUUCGAUGUCUGCUGAGUGACACGGUGGUGCUGGUUCAACGCGACACCCUAGACUUCGUCAUCCUCGCGCUGCCAUUGCACGUUGUGGAUGCGACGGCGUCACGGCAACAGCACCCGCUGUGCGGGCAGAUAUCGCCCACAGCCAUGCGGGACCUGCUUGGCGCCGCGCUGACUGUGCUUCUCAGGAAAGACGCCUCCCUGAAUCGGCGCCUCUUCAUCUGGCUCUUGGGCUCACAGCCUACCGAAUCUGCCGACAGUCAGCAGGCCUCAACUGUCGCCAGGAUCGCACUGCAGUCUGAUGGCGUCCAAAGUGAAUCCGACGCGACCCUUCAAUUGCAGUACUUCAAAAAAUUCGGUCUGGAAUUGCUGAUUGGGGCCAUUCAAAGCAUCCUUCAAUCAGCACUCUCAUCUCCCUCCACCGGAGAUCCACUGGCCACAAAUCGGUCCGUCAGUUACCGUCCAUUCAGGCUCAUAGCGGGUCUGCUAAACCGCUCAGAAGUUGGCUCACUGCUGAUGGAGAAGGUGCUGGUGGAUUUCAUCUUCUUUACUCUCAAAAUGUACCAUCGACUGCAGGAUAACGAAGAACGGACACCGGAGCCAUCUCCUCCGUCGUCGACGUCGUCUUCGCCGAAAGAACAACGCGCCAAAGCCAUUCACCAGACGGUUCUUGAGAUGUUGGCGCAGUACCAGUCCCACGCUAUCGGUCAAUCCGAAAUCACGUGUGGAAGUCGGCCAGUGGCUCUCGCCGUUGGACAGCCACACUUGCAAAGCCAGCGUGGAACGCGCCAUUUGAGCGAUCACGCCGACCCCUCCACCGCCAUGGCGCGUCCCUCCGCCGAGGCAGAUUUCAUGCGUGAGGCGGAACUCUUUUUCUCUAACCUCGAGUCCGCUUUCCUGUGGCCCUUCCUCGAGUCGCACUUUACGCGUCUCCUCUCACACGAGGUCGCAAAUUCCACGGAACGCGAGAACCAGGAAGCCGAGGCGGUAGCUGCCGGGGUCGUGGUGAACCUUCGCAAUUGGAUCGCGGCCGUGCGGUUUCUGGUGGAGCAUCUGCCAAUCGACACGUACCCAGAGGUCCGCGGCCACUACCUGCCUCGCAUGGUCUCGUCACUUGCCCAGAAGUUGAGUGCACAUAUGGGCCAAUUGAAACUCGCGGAGAUCGCAGACUUCAUCUCUCUGCUCUCGGUUCUCAUUGGCCACACACAAGAGCACAUGGUCACAAUGUUUGACCAAUCGUUGGCCGAUGUGACGCGUUCCGGCUCAGUCUCCCGACCACCGACCAGUCCCUUCCCACCAGGCAAUGUCGUCCCCCAGCGGGAGAAGGAGCUGCGGUUAAUCGCCUCGACAGUUGGUGACGUGCGUCUCCUCCUGGGCGCGUUUUUCAAGCACUUUCUGUGUACUUCACAAGCUCAGAUCGAUGCCGGCCUUGAAUUCCUCCAGCCCUCGGAUAAGGACUUAACCAACCUAGAGAACAACUUUUGCACCUUCUUGGGCUCCCACGACAAUGAUGGCCAUGUUGUUAACGACAUGUUCGCGCAACUGUGCCGCCUCGUCGUGGACAUGUGCAAUGUUCCUCUUGUGCGACCUACCUCUUUUGAAGACUUCGACUUCAACGACUUGUUCCGUAGUGGCUGCAAGAAGGACGAUAAAUUUGGGCUUCCCGAGUGGCUGGCCUGCCUUGUCGCCGGUGGAGCGCUCUCAAGUGACUUCGAUCUCAAAGCCAUCUGUCUGCACACCCUCCUAGACCUCGUAGAAGCGUCGACGUCAAUCCACGGGUGGGUGUCGCCUGGCGGUGCGACUCAGUGGGACCGAUGCAGGCUUCUGCUCCCUGUCCUCUCGCCCGAGGUCCUCACCACGAUUGCCUGGCGUCUGGAUCUCUUUCCUGUGAGUGGUCGUGUCUGCGAGAACACAGACCUUCUGUUGACGGAGGCGACUGCACCCAAUUCGCGCCGACACCAUUUUGAAGGUAGCGUCUUUCAUUCGGCUUUGCUUCUUCCCCUUUCGCACCAGAUCGUCGGUGUGUCCUUGUGGUUCUUCCUGGACGACUCGUCAUGCCUCGAGGACACCGCAGCCCUCCUCAAUCGCGUCUUGGCCGUCGCGCCGAAUCAGAAGGCCUCGCGGAAUGUCGCCGUGGCCACGGAGACGGUGGUUGAAGACUUCAUCGUGACCCGUAUGCUCUCCACUGACUCGGCCGUUCGUGUGGAGGCACAUCGACGCUUUGCUUUGCUGUGGCACCUUCUGCGGCGUCACUCCUCGUCGUCGGCGUCGCGUGGCAGAGCCAGUGCCGACGGCGAGGCGUCCAGUCAGGGCCCGUGGGCUUCCAGUUGGCGUCGAACAGCCAUGGGUCUGCCCCCUGUGUCCAACGAAGCCUCAAAUGUAGCCGCGUUUAAUCGCUGUUUGCUGAUCCUCCUGGACAGCGUCGAUGACACUGGAAGCGUGAACGCGCCGUUGUCUCGCGACAGGCUUUCCCUCGCACCGGAUCCCCCCGAAAGCGUGGAAAACACCGCCCUGCAGAUCCGUCAGGCCACCCUCACGUGGCUGUCAACGGCCCUCUUGACCGGUCAGGUGGGCAGGGUUGUGGCCCCCAUUUUCGGGGCUCUCCUGCACCCCGGCACGGCGCGAACCAGUCUGGUGGCGAUGCGUGAGAGGCGGCGCUUCCUGCGUCGGCUUCAGCUUCGCCGCACUAGAAACGCUGCCGAGAACGGAGGCGAGUUUUGUCUGAGUCGACGAUAUGUCCAUGCUAGUGACGCCGACACGGACUCCGAUGCAUCCAGCCUUGAUGAAGACGCCGACGAGCAAGACGAAGAAGAAGAGUACGACAGCAACAUCUGUGCACUGUCUGGCGGCACGCCAUCUGACGAACUGCACUUCUUCCUUUCCCCGACAUCAGAGUAUGCGUCUAACUCCGCUGUUCCCUAUUUGAAACAGGCGUUUAGUAAACCGAAGAAAACUCCCAAGAAGUCUGCCGACGACGAUGUCUUUGACGAGAAAUACCGUCCAGUCGAUGUCAUGGCCAACCUCCAGGUAGAUUCCCACUCCAAUGGAAACCCCGGUGGUCGUGAACGCUCGCAAACUGAAAAUGCCCGGAGGGACGUCGCACUAGCGCUUCUGUCGCAGCUGCUGUCGCCGGAGGCCAAUGUUGCCGAGUGCAACGGUGCAAAAACCCUCGGCGUAUCGUCCCUCUUCCAGACAGGGCAUUCCUCUGUCAAGGUGUUGCCUGUUCACGAGCACCUUCUUGUCUACCUGCACACAUUCGACUUCAACCAGGCAGUUAUCGCCAGGUGCGUUACUUGGCGUCUACUUUCUCAUCCAACUUGUGCCCCAUGGGUUCCCUUGGGCGUCACUCAAACGGUGGCGUACGCGUUGACGCGGAUUCGUGCCAUCCUCACGAGCCACGUCGGGGGGCUGUUUUUGCUCGCGUUGGCGGCGUCUCCGACCGCCGCGAGGCCGCGCAGCCACCCGGCUUCGGUUGCCGCUGAGCCCUCCCAGUUUGCCUCCUGUGACUUUCCGAAGCUCUUCGGAACCAGUCUUCCGGACCUUCUCGCCCGACACUACCGCUGUCUGCUUGGCGGCGGCGACGCCUUCGUGCGUCACUCCACCAUGGAGGAGAUUGAGCGCAUCCUCCAGUCGAGGAUGCCCUGUCUCUUGGACGUGCUUGUCUUCGUCUGCACCGCCUUCCUGUGCUCCGUGGCGGCGCCCAGCGCGCUGCCCGACCUCGUGCCCAACGACGGUGCCGCCGCGUCGGCGAACGCAAACCGACUCGCUGAAAUUGACGCCAAUGAGGAGGCUCUGACCUCGAGUUGGCCCAAAUCAGGCACCGAUGCUCAAUCUACCAAUCAAAUGGCCGCCCUGAUAGCCAAGGUGCAUAGUCCACGUUCGUCGUGGAUCAGCGCUGUGAUACAAAGAUCGGGCCUGUCUCAAGCCGUUCUUCACUGCCUCGCCACGUGUGUCGAGCUGUCCCACUUACCAGCAAGUUUCGACUGUGAAGAUGAAGGUGGCCUGUCGCUGUGCUUGCGUCUGUUGCGAGCAAACAGCUGCACCGCGUCCCACCGCCAAGCCGAACUGCAGACACUCCUGGGUCUCACACUGAGCCUGCUUCAGCUGACACGCCAGGUCGGGCUGCCGAAGCCCGCGGGCUCGGCGCCCGCGACGUCCAUGAACCGCGUCAGCAAGGUGCUCGCCUCGGCGAAGAAGACCACAGCGGCCGCGGCGUCGUCUUCGCCCUCGCCGCGCAAGGGCCACCUCGCCUUCGGUGGCGGCCUGCCGUGGUGCCUACCCGGUCGACCCAGCAACGUCGUCGCGGUGCUCAAGCGCCUGGGCCAGACGGCCUCGCCGCUGCUGCUUGGUGUCGCCGGCUCCAGGUUCAUCGUCUGCUCAGAGGGCAUGCGCCACGUGGCCUCACAGCCCCUCCUCCUCAACACCCUCAGGCUGGCCUUGUGCCCUGGCGGGCGCGUCGACCUGCACCCCGCGUGGUUCCGGUUCCUCCUCAAAAGCCUCCCCUGCUGGGGUGCCGCCACCGCCUACAUGCUCAAUCUCGUCAUCAUGCAAAUGGGCGGGUCUCUGCAACUGCUUGCCGAACCCUUCUACCACGGACUAGCCCCCACGAUAAACAGACAGCCUGCGUCGCCGGGAUAUCCAAUCGGCUAUACUCUGCAAGUGCUCGCGUGCCUGCAGGGCAUCACCCACGCCUUCCUGCUGCCGUUCGGCCAAUCGCGGACCUCGCUGCUGCACGGAAUGGCCUCGGGUGCCGUCACGGCUGCCUGUCAUUCGUCAGCCGCCCAGUCCAAUCAGACGUCGAGGCAGAAAUCCACACCCAUCAGCGAGUCGCCUGCCUCAUCAAAAGGCAAGCCUGCAUCUUUACCACGCAACUCACUAGUCCCCUUGAACACGUAUUUCACGGUCAUUGGAAAAUACGAAUCGGAGCCAACGAAUCGUCCCGAACCCCUCACUAAUAUCACCGAAGCCUGUCCGAAGCAGUGGCGCUGUAGUGUGUGGUCAGCCGUUGUAGAUCGAGAUUUCGGUUGGAAUACUGGUUUCGCCGUUUCGGCGGCGUGUAUUGGUUCGUUUAUCCAUGUCCUGCUUUUCGAUAUCGAUCGCAAAAAGUUGUCUUUCGGCGUGAUUGAACCAGACGUGAUUAGAUUGCAUUGCCACCCUGUAGACGAGACGCUCUCAUCAAACGCCUGCGGCAUGUCGGAGGUGGCGGUCGGAGCCAACGAGAUCGCCUCGGCUCUGCGCGACGUCAAUCGCUUCAACUUCCCACCCGUCAGUCUGGCCCUCCAACGAAUCCACCGGGAGUGCGUUGAAACCGAUCUGGCGUCCGCCGUCGGACACAUCACCUCGACCGCCUCCAAGCCGUUGGUGGAGUUUGACGUCUCUAAGCCAGCCGAUGAGGCAAAAAUUGGUUUUGAGAAACCUUACCUUGGAUGCUGCGUCACGUGGCUAUCACCACGGAAGUGUAACUGCCGUGACCUCCUGGGCACCGAGGUGAUGCCUCCCAGCGCCGACCCCAGGCUCGACUGGGCACGAGGCCGCGCUGAAGUGGCCCACGUUUUCCCCGUCCUCGUCUCCAGUCUCGCCUCCCUCUGGCUGGCUCUCAACCAGUGCUCAGUCGUCGAUCAGGGCGACCAACCUGAGAUGCAAACCUCCUUCGAGGCCGGAAUCGAUCCAUUGGUUAAUGACUGCGACUCCUCUAUGAGUCCGGUUCACUUGCGCUGCAACUUUGAGCGACUGGGUGCGGUGGCCGCGCUUGGCGAUCAGGAAUCGGUGCGCCGUGCGAUCGAUAACCUCCUUGAACCGAUCGCCUCCACUCACCCGGCGCUUGUCUUCGCUGCUGUCGCCCACGUCUGGCCAGCUCUGGGUGUCGGGAGUAACAAUGUCGACCUCAUGUGGCUCCUGUCUUCGUGCACAUGUGAACAGGCCAUUGGCCUUCCUCUGCUGCCCAUCCAAUGUGCCCUUGUAAGUCUGAUUGGUGGUCUACGUUCGCCGUUUGUCUUCGUGUGGAAACGAAGCGAAAACGGCACCCAGUACGUUGCCCUGUCGCCGCCUCCCAACCCCGAGAAGCCGGCUGUUCUGCUCAAAACCUCCGUUGCCAUCCGCACCAUCAAGAACCUGGUCGUGUACCCGCCUGCCAGUCUGGCGUCAGCCUUCGCCAUAGAUCUCGCCUCGGAACCGACUGCAUCGGCGGCGACAUCGGUGGAUCCCCUGUUGCCGCCUCAGACGCUGCAGUCGUCGCUGCUGCACUUCCUCUACGCGUGGAUAACCGCCACCGGCGGCAUUGGCGUCUGCUUCCAGUUGCCGAACGUCCAGGACUUUCUGCGAGAUGUGGGCUCAGUUGGGGCGUCCAAUGCCGCCAUCACAUCGCCCGUCGGCACCCCCAUAACCUCACCAUUUUCCGUCUUCUUGCUUGUCAAAAUUUUCAACGAAAUAAUCAUCACGUUGUCCAACAGAGACGAAAAGCGCGACCAGAAGGAUCUGCAGGAUAUUUGCCAGCGUUUCUUGGAGGCGACGGGAGCGAUAGCGGGCAGCGCGCUGGAGCACGCCACGUGGUUCCGCCGCGGCCUGCAGGUGCGCUCGUCGGCGUUGCCGGUGCCGGCGCCCUCGGGUCCGCCGUACGGCGAGGCGCCCGCGCCCCACCGCGCCACCCUCCUCCCCGACCACGUGCCCACCGUGGCCUCGGAGUCGGCGCUGCUGGACGUCAAGUCCGGCGCCACCCCGCCCACCUCCCUCGCGAUUCACGGAGUGGUAUCGUUUCAACCAAAUCAGAAAGACACGUCGUCGGUUAACGUCCACCUCAGGGAAGACUUGACAAUUCUGGCUCUGAAGAUACUCGCUGAGCACAUGGCCUUGUUCCUCGAUGUCGUCUACAGGAGCGAUGAGAAGGACCGUGUGCCGUCUGUCCUCAACAACGGCAUUCUCUCCAACAUCCUGCCUUUCCUCAAAUCCCGAACGAUUUCCAAUUCGAGCCACUUCACUGCGGCGAGUCAGGUGUUGGCCAAAUUAAGCUCCUACCAGUUUACGCGUCGGGCCUGGCGCCGCGAUGUCUUCGAACUCUUCGUCGACCCCAACUUCUUCCAGAUCACGCCUUCCGCCCUCUACAGCUGGUGCACUCUGGUGGAUAAUUUGAUGACCCAGGACAAGAACACCUUUAAGGAAGCACUUACCCGAUUGACGGUGUCUCAGGGGACUGGGCUGAAUUUGUUCUCAAGCAAGGAGGCCGAAUACGAGCAGCGGGCGGCGCACAUGAAGAAGAUCAACUUCAUCGUCUUUGCCAGUGAAAAAGACCAGUACCUGCGCUCCGUGUCGGAAAUCCUCGAGCGACUGACGGAUAAUUUGCGGUCCACGACGGAUGUGAACGUGCCCAUCCUAACCCAACUCUUCCUGUGCACGCGGGUGCUGAUCGCGCGCAUAUCCCCACCCUCGCUAGCGUCGCUUUGGCACAUUGUGCUGCCCGAACUCGCGCGGGUAUUUAAGGCGUUCGCAGACCGAUGCAAUGGCAGCUCCAAGAAGCACCCACGGUUGAACUUCGAGGGCCUCCACAGCCUGCCCCAGACCCAACUGACGCUGCUUCUGUCGGCGUGCAAAGUCCUCGCGACAAUCCUGCUCCUGCCUGAAUCGGAGAUUCCGCAACUACUCUUAGAUGAGAUCAAGAAUCUUUCUCCAGCCGUAGUUGGUGGAAUUGCAUCUGGACUGUGGUCCUACCAAGGAAGUACUGCAAACCACCACUGGGUGUUUGUGGGUCGGCGAAUCACACAGUGCUCGGAGUCGAACGGUGACGUGUACCAGCCUCUCCUCUCGCAGAUUACCUCCGGCCUAAUCUCUAUCUACCAGAGAGAAAACCAAAUAUACACCGCUCACCUGUUAGCACCGCCAACUGCCUGCUUCUACAUUCUGGCCACGAAGAGGGCGACGACAUUCGGACGGCUGGAGCUCUUUUUCCGGAGCCUUGGGGAGUACCGGGGCACGAGCGACUCCUGCGACGAAGGACUCGACGACGCCAGCGCAGGAAUGCUGAAGCAGGUGCUGGAGGUGUCGAUAUUCAACGAAUUCCUCGAGCCCAUGACGUCCUCCAAGUCCCCACAACUCGGUACGGUGGACUCCGCAGUUGUGGUGCCACCAAUUUCACGAGGCGGCGUUUACCUGCAGACAACAGCGCCUGCUCACGAGGCAUGCGAUUCUAGUCUUAUGGAUGUGUGUGUUGGCGUGCUCACCCAAAAUCUGGUGAACAGUGAACAUGACCUGGGCUCAUUGAAGAAGAAGAGGAAGGAGCUAAAGCGCACCACGGAUUCCACACCAGUGCCAAUUGCCACCGCCUCGAUCACAUCACCCAACUGUGCGCCUGAUCUGCCAACCAACCAAACAGCCAAGCAGCAGGCCUGCUCAAGCCCAACUGCCACUCAAAUCCCCGUCAACCCCCUUAAAUUCCGCUACCUCUGA